CUAGCCACUCUUUUUCGUCUCUGCCGGUGGCCGGUGGCCGCCACUCGUUCUCUUGGAACUCGCCGUUCCGUUCACUCCUUGCCCUAGAUAAACGCCCAAACCACCUUGGCCUCGAACUCGGUUUCUUGUUUUUUCUUCUUCUUGCUUUGCUUGGGUUAUCUGUCCCUCUGGCUUCGAAGGAUUUGCAUGGCACCCGGGAACUCGUUCGUCGCUUAAAAACUGACGUUCCGGGGCGCCCAACGAGCCGCUGUCAGGCUUUCAUCGUAAAUGCUGAACCCUGGUUUCUGAACUACCAAAAGCUAGGCGACCAUGCACCGGCAUCAUCAGCGCCUACACCACCAUGGCCAAUACGCGGAAGCUGACUCUGCUCCUCUCGAGCCGAUUGUCAUUCCCGAAGUUCCGGGCAUCGUAAAACGAGCGCCAAUGCCUACGGCAGAGUCAGGGUCGACCGAGAGGUGUGAACCUGGAGAUAACUCUGCUCGAUGUGAGAAGAACACGAGCACGACAAACAACACUGUACUGCCUGUAGUGCUAGGAGCUGUUAUCCCAAUUGUCUGUGCGAUUAUAGUGUUGUACUUUCUGCAUCGGCGAAACCUAAAGAAACUCCGAAACGAAGAUGCCAAUGACAAACACAAAUCUCUUGACUUUGGACUAGAUUUACCGGCUGGCGGCGGUAGACCUGGAAUGCAUGAGAAGGAUGGUACACGUAUCAAUCAUAUGAAAGGUGUUUCUCUUGAUAUUGGGCAUAGCCCGUAUAUGAUGCCACCUGAUAUGCGAGGCUCAAGGGACUCAAUGAAUUCGCUGCCCCGCUCGGUUCUGACGGACGAUGAUAAGUACCGACGUGCACAUCAGUACUUUUCACCUGAUACGCACUCUAUUCGAUCCCAGCGACGAGGCCAUGAAGACACAGCAAGCAUUGCUGGCUCAACAAGGAGAGGAGCCUAUGGCGACGACAUGAACCAAGGGCUACUAGGAAAUGCUCAAAGGAUCUCACGCUCUUCCCCACCUCUCUACAAUGCACCCAGUGAGCCCAGUCCGCGCAGCUCAGCGAACCAACCCCAAGUGCAUGACGCGAGUUUUGAAUUAAACUUGCCAAGGAGCCCUAGUCCCGUUCAUGUUCCAGGAUUGACGUCAAUCAAUGAGUUGGCGACAGAGAGCCCAACAGAAGACAAUGCCCCUGCAGGUGCACAAGCACAGUUGAACUCUCGCCCCGAACACGAGUUCGAUUUUGUGUUACGGGAUACAGCUUCUGCCCACACCGAACCCAACCCUGCCCCGCUGCAUGAUACGUCAAUUCCAACUCCUCGAAUUUCUUUCCCCUCGAGCGAUGGCGCUAGUGAUUAUGGAGACGAAAGGGCGUCGUCCAACGUUCCGAUGCCUCCGUUACCAGAGGAGCCGCCACAGCAAUCUAACAUGAGCCUCGAUCCUCGCCGUGAUACCCGCCGCCUGACAAUGGGGUUACGCCCAUUGCCCCCAGAGGAUCCGGCUGAUAACCCCGAGCAACGUGCUAAUCGUAUUCGAUCAUUCUACAAGGAGUAUUUCGACGAAAGCAAAGCGGGCCAAAGAGAAACUUACUACGAAGACUACGAAGCAGAAUACUAUCCGUAUGAGGAUGAGUAUGUGUACGAUCCAGUGACUGGCGAGUACUAUGACGCAUUCCCAGCGCCGUACGCUGAGCCAGUGACCCGUCGUGCCAUGACUCCUCCGCCGCGUGCACCUCCCCGAUUUCAAGGCGGGCCGCGCCAUAUGGCAUCAGGUUCGAUCGGUGGCUAUAGUGAGCAAUUCUAUUCACCAGGCCCGCGUGCGUUCUCGUCGGCAUCGGCCCGUUUCCCUGGUGCUCGAGGGCCGCGCAAGCCAGCCCCUCCGCCAGCCCCUCUUACCGUUCUCCCAACUCCACACUUGCUUAAGGACGAUGCCAUUAUGACGGCCAUUGAUUUUGCUCCGGGUUCGAGCUUCAGGGACCAAAAAGACGGCCGCCCAGAGACACCUCUUGGUGGAGUACGGCCUUAUAGCCCGAUGGUUCGAGCACACACCCCUCUUACUUCGGUAUUCGACGACUUGGCACCUAUGCCUAGCCCACACCAACUGCGAAAGUCAGGCGCUUUUGAUAAUUUAGAUUUUGCUCCCCCACCUCGUUUCAAGACCCAGGAGACUGCGAGCGAUGCCGGUAGCAUCCGCAGCACGCGAACCGGGGUCUCAGCAGCACAUUUGAAUAAUAUCCGCACUGGUGCGUACCGUGUCAGCCGACUGCCCCCGGAAACUGUUGGUACCAGGGAUGACUUGAUGUCGAACCUUCGUCCUACAUGGGAUAUGCGGCAAUAAAUAUCGAAUCCUUAUGACGACUUCCCACUGUAUUCUGGAGUUGACAUACCAUGUUAUGAUCUGUACUAUCGAGUUUGAUUUGCUCUUGUGAAAUCUGGGUUACUGGUAACUUAUUCACGCUCAUUGCAUAAAUGGCAUACAAGAGGCUGUUGUUUAUUGUCAUAUUUCAUUCUAUUCGUGUAUCUCUGCUAUUAGGAGUCGGAUAUAAACGGCACAUCAUUGUUAUUUUUUUGGUACGAAGUCAGA